GGUCAAACAACUUCAUCGACAUCAAAAUAUUUUUCUCUGGUCAAAAUGUCAACUGAAAGGUGGUCCGGACGAAUAAUGUAAAAAUGAAGGAUAAUUUUUUAUUUUUUUUAAUUUACUGUCCAGUCAGGCCCAUUUCUUUUCCUCUUCGUUUUUCCGUCAAAAUCCCGCAACAUCGACAGAUCACCAUUUUUGUGUGAAGAACGAAAAGGAGACAAACGAUGGGCGAUCAAAUCGCAAGAGGCGAAGAGUUCGAAAAGAAAGCUGAAAAGAAACUGAAUGGAUGGGGAUUGUUCGGCUCUAAACACGAAGACGCCGCUGAGUUGUUCGAUAAAGCUGCCAACGCGUUCAAGCUUGCCAAAUCAUGGGAUCAGGCUGGAGCAGUGUACAUUAAGUUAGCAAAUUGUCACUUGAAAUUGGAUAGCAAGCACGAGGCAGCUAAUGCAUAUGCUGAUGCUGCUCAUUGCUAUAAAAAAACCAACAUAAAAGAGUCGAUAUCAUGUCUGGAGCAAGCUGUAAAUUUGUUCCUGGAUAUUGGAAGGCUAACUAUGGCUGCCAGAUACUAUAAGAAAAUGACUGCAGGCUUAAAUACUGCCGCCAUAACAGCUAUCCUUCACUGGCUUCACAAAUUUCUAAUGGUGGAAAUAGCUGAAUUAUGUGAGCAAGAUCAGAACUUGGAGCAGUCUAUUGUGUACUAUGAGAGAGCUGCUGACUUGUUCCAAAAUGAAGAAGUAACAUCAACUGCAAAUCAGUGCAAACAGAAAGUUGCGCAGUUUGCUGCCCAACUGGAACACCAGAACAGAAUCCUGUUUGCUGCUGUUUAUCCUCUUCUCAUAGCUGCCAUGUCUCUUUACUUGCAACCUGAAUAUUCAGACCUCUGUGGAUGCACAUAUCCGAAGGCUAUUGAGAUAUAUGAAGAGAUAGCACGGCACUCUCUAAAUAAUAACUUAUUGAAGUAUGGAGUUAAAGGUCACCUUCUUAAUGCUGGUCUUUGCCAGCUCUGCAGGGGUGAUGUUGUUGCAAUAACCAACGCAUUAGAGAAAUACCAGGAAUUGGAUCCUACGUUUUCUGGUACCAGGGAAUACAAAUUGCUAGCGGAUUUAGCUGCUGCAGUUGAUGAGGAAGAUGUUGCUAAGUUUACUGCUGCCGUCAAGGAAUUUGAUAGUAUGACUCAACUGGAUGCUUGGAGGACAACACUUCUAUUGCGAGUGAAGGAGGCCUUGAAAGCGAAGGAGCUGGAAGAGGAUGAUCUUACUUAAUCACUUGUUUCUUCUCAUUUUUCUAUCCGAGUGCUUUGUGAUGGUUGUCUCGUUGUGCUUUUAUUUCUGAGGUUUUAGUGUGUAAUAUAACUGAGAUUUCCUUACAUGGAGUGGAUAUGAUUGCAUUUAUAACCUUGUGGCCGUUGUGACUAAACAAGUUUACAGUAUACGGGCAAUCCAUUUUAUGGACUCUGUUGUAUUGGAUUUGCUGGGAUCAGUGGAUUCUAUCUCCUGAGGAUACCGCCAAUUCUAAAGUUUGCAAAAUCCGUCUUCUAUUUGAAUUGUCAAACUAUUCCAGCAUUAACUAUGCUAGACUUGGGCUUUCACAGUUUCUUUUUUCUUUUUCUUUUUUU